AUGUCCGCCACCCAACUUACAAAAGUUGCCAUCUUUGGCGCCUCUGGCAACUUCGGCACCCCCAUCACUGUCGCUCUCACCAAAGCGGGCUUCAACAUUACCAUCAUCACCCGAAAUGAAUCCAAGUCCACAUUUCCGGAUGGCAUCCCUGUAAUCAGAAUAGACUAUACUCUAGAUGCACUCACCCAAGCGCUGUCUGGUCAAGACGCGGUUGUAUGCGUUGUCGGUCCAGCAGGCAUCACUCUACAAGCCACGAUGAUUGACGCUGCUCUCGCCGCUGGUGUCAAACGCUUUAUCGUUGACGACUACGGCUGGGGCCCUGAGUUCAGAAGUUACCCUGAAUUUGAAGGAGUGCGCGCCCAACGAACUGUUGGUGUCGAUCGCGCAAAAGAACAUGCUGCUGCGAACCCCAACUUCACUUGGACCAGUAUCGCGACUGGCAAUCCCAUUGACUGGGCGCUAAAGCGGUUCCCUACCAUGGGGUUCGACAUCAAAAAUCACACUGCAAUCAUCUAUGAUAGGGGCGAAGAGUACUUCACUGGAACCACUCUUGAAGGCAUAGGUCAGUCGGUAGUUGGAGUCCUUCAGCACCCAGAAGAAACAGCGAAUCACCACGUCAAAGUGCUCUCCAUCAAAACAUGUCAAAACGAGCUACUGGAAGCUUUUCAGGAGGGAACAGGAAGUGAAUGGGAUAUACAGAGACGAGCAAGCCGUGAGCUUAUAGAUGGAGCGCGAAAGAAGCGUGACAAUGGCGAAGGUGGUUGGAUCCUUGACUUAGCUGUCGCUCAGUUGUAUGAGGCAGCUGAGGCAGGGAAAGCUCGCUGUGUUGUUGCGCCAUCGUGGGAGGAGUCGGAUUCUGUGUUACUUGGGGUUACUAAAGAAACACCUAAAAGCAUUAUCGCUUCCGUUCUGGGCGGUAUUUGA